AUGUCAAAAGCAGCACAACUGCGAGGUCGCAAAGCCCGAAGCGCUCGUCUACGCAAGACAAAUACGGGCACACCAAAAAAAACUGAACGUAUUAAGCCUGUUCUUAUAACUCGUGGAUUGAAAACGCGUAAGCACAAAAAGUUAAAGCAGAUUGCCCCUCUUUGGAGUGAUUGCCAAAACAGUAAAUUUGAUUUAGAUCCAAUUAAAGAUGACAAUCAAAAGCCCCCAUCCAGUUACCUUGAGAUGAUGGCGCAAAUUAAAGCCGUCAAGAAUAAGUUAAAUCCCUAUCGGUACAUCUCAAAUGAGGGCGAUACGAAAGGUUGCAAUAAGAAGCCUGAAAAAAUUCCUAGACAAGGCAAGAAAGAAACUCCAGAAAGCUACGCCUUGCGUUUAGAUCGAGUCGUUCAAGAUGAGUUAUUGAAAGUUUCUCGAGCAAAGAAAGACAAAGCUCCAAUGGUUGAUCCGGAAACAUUCAAAUCCAAUAAGACCAAAAAAUCGCUCAAGCGACUGGCCGAGAAGAAGAUCAUGAAGAAAGUGUUGAAGGCUGACAGACGUCGAUCAGGUUACGAACAUCUGAAGGAUGAAAUCAAGUUCGGGGAGGUUGUUUUAGCUCCGCCCUCUCUUAUGACCUUGCCUAAAAAGGUUGGAAGGGGUACAGUGCCGUUUCCUGAACAGUAA